AUGCAGGCGGUGGAGCGGGACGGGGCGGCGGGCGGCUCCGAAGGGGUGGCGGGCGGCGGUGAGGCCCCACCAGAGCCGUCGCCGCCCAAGGCUGCCGCCGCUUUCGACCUGCUGGAGCUGGUGCGGAGCUACCGGCGACUGGAGCUGUACCUGGAGCCGGUGCGGGACGCGGCCGAGGGCAUCCGCUCCCUCCUGAGGUGGCAGCGGCCCGUGUGCUCCCUCCUGGUCUGCCUCGGCCUCAACUUCCUCCUGCUCACCCUCGGACAAGCCGCCUGGUACUCGAUGCUCGCCCUGCUGGUCGCGGUGCCGGCCCUGCUGGGCUACCUGCAGGAGUCGUGCCGGGCCCGGCCCUCGGAGCCGGAGCUGGUGCGCAGGAGGUACCACAGCAUCCGCAGGGAGGACCUGCGCAAGGUGCAGCUCUCCCGGCAGGAGGCCAUCGCCCAGGUCAAGAGCUUCCUGAUCCAGCUGGAGGGGUUUCUGAGCGGGAUGUGUUGCAACUGUGAGGCCGUGUACCGUGUGCUGUACUGGGAGAAUCCCACUGUCUCUUCCCAGUUUUAUGGGGCACUGCUGGGCACUGUUUGUGUCCUUUACCUACUGCCCCUCUGCUGGGUCCUGGCCAUCAUCAACAGCACCCUGUUCCUGGGCAACACCCAGUUCUACCAAGUGAUAAUGGAGCUCAAGGCCUCGAUUGAGCAGUGCGUGGGCACCAAGCCCCUCGAGAGCACUCCAGAGCCUGCUGAACCCCUGCCAGCAGCUGCUGCCCCAGAUCGGACCCCCACACCCACCAGCGCAGAGGACCUUACCCCUGGAAGCGUGGAGGAGGCAGAGGAGGCAGAGCCUGAUGAAGAGUUCAAAGAUGCUAUUGAGGAGAACCAGCUGCUGGUCAUGGAGGAUGACGAGAGCUCUCAGUGCUCAACCGAUUUUGACCUCAGCCUCCCGGACAAUGGUUUUAUGAGCAAAAACGAAGUGAUCCGCAGCAAGGUGUCACGUCUGACCGAGCGCCUGCGAAAGCGUUACCCCAGCAACAACUUCGGGAGCUGCACGGGCUGUGCAGCCACCUUCUCUGUGCUCAAGAAGAGGAGGAGCUGCAGUAACUGUGGGAACAGCUUCUGCUCCAGGUGUUGUUCCUUCAAAGUCCCUAAGGCUGUGAUGGGAGCCACGGCCCCAGAGGCUCAGAGGGAGACGGUGUUUGUGUGUGCUCUGUGCAACCAGGUGCUCAUCAAGUGAUGAAACAGACCCAGCUCUUGUGGCCUGCACUGCCUGACACCUGGGACAGCGGGCAGGCACCCUUGCCACCAGGAACCUGGACUGUUUGGAUCCCAGCGUGGCAUUCCCCAGACAGAGGAUGCUUGCACUCUCUGCUCCUCCUGCUAGUGCCAGGCUAGGGCCUGACCAGCUCUCCUUGCCACGCAAAGGCUGAGUCCCUGUGGUGGAAUAUUGUCCGUGGCUGUGUCCCAUCCCUGCAGCUGCUCCAAGCCCUGGGUGCUCUCCGGCACUUGCUGCACCCUGCCAUGUGCUUGCCCAGGCCCUGUGGCCUGGCUCAGUGAUGGAGGAGCCAUCUUUCCCUUCACCUCCUGGUUGGGGUGGAACAACCUCAGGGCUCCGUCCCUACCUUUCCCAGCACUGUGCUAUAAAUGACUGUAUUUUUGGGAUCAAGUCAGAACUCUACCUGCACCUCCAGGAGAUGUGGUCCUUGGUCCUGGUCAGCUGACACCCUGCUGGUCACUCCUGUGCUCCUUGACGUCAUCACCUGCAGGUUUAGUCUUUUACCCCUGGAUUUGGCUGUAGUGCAGAGGAGGGUGAGUUUGGGCUGGGCUGUGUGGCCGUGUCUCCAGUGUGAGAAGAGGCAGGAGUUGGUGCUGCUCUGUGCACUUAGUGACUGCUGCUUUCUAAUACAGAUUAAUAUAUAAUUGCAUAUAGAGAAUGACCAAUAAAUUUCUUGUCCUUA